AGGGAGUUGAAAGAGACAUACAAAAAUGAUGACCUGCGUGUGGCUUUAUGUUUUCUUUACCAUCCUCUGUCAUAGUGGUCUAUGUGAGGUUGUGCAGAACUUCUCAGAUGUACCAUCUUGCCGGAGAUUCUUUUACCAAGGUCAGGAACCUCUAGGUCUGUCCUCCUCUAAAACAGCCAACAUCUGCCAGCGUCUGCAAGGUGUGUAUUACUAUGCUACACUGUAUCAUCGUGUUGCCCGUGUGCCAAUUUACUCUGCCUAUAUCCUGGAGCAAUCCACCACCUCCCGGCCAGACAUAUCUUCUAGCAACUGGUACCUGGAACCCAUGUUGGCUGACAUCGCACGGGAAGACAUGCUCCCGCCAUCACACAGCACAAUGCAGCCAGUCCUACACGCAAUCACAGAAAGCCAGGCUGUAAACGAUGACUACAGGAACUCUGGCCAAACAAGAGGGCAUCUAAACCCAAGUCAGCAUCACAGCAGCGAGUCUCAAAUCUCAACCUUCACCUACACUAACAUGGCUCCUCAGGAGUCCAAUUUUAAUAGUGGAACCUGGAAUCAAUAUGAGAGCUUUCUACGUGAUCAGAUCCUCCCUGCAUGCAGCCAAGCACAUAUUCUUACUGGCGUUAUUCUUUCUGGGUCCAGCCCUGGAGAAGGCAAAUGGCUGCGAGACAGAGUGAAUGUGCCCACCUUUUUCUGGAGUGCAUUCUGUUGCAUAGAGACCAGUGGAGCUCGAAGGGGAGAAGGUCGACUAGGCCGUAAUGCAAGUCCUUACGAUGUGGUGACUAAAACAAUCCCACAACUGCAGGAUAUCCUUAGCCAAGAGUAUGGGGGGAAAGUAGUGUUGUUUCAGGGGAGCUGCCAGUAAAGAGAAGGAGAAAACAUGUUAAUCCUAAAAUAAUCCCAUCUGACGACUGGAACGUGACACCAGGCUAUUUUGUAAUUUGUAAAAAUAAUAAAAUAUCUACUUUCCCUGC